GCGACGCCCUUUAAAGAAAGAAAAAACAACAUCGCUCCUGGGAGGACGUCGUGCUGCGUUUCCACGUACAGUAGGGAGUUUUAGUCUUGGGUUGUGGUUCGACCCGCCGACCUCACUAGGAUCUCGUUUUUCUCUUAAGCAGGUGCAUUUCUAACUUGCUUUCUUUUCGCCUCCCAUUAAUGUUCACUCGUAGCAGCUCCAACGGCGCCGACAACGCGGCCACUGUUGUGCCCGCCGCUGACACCGCAGCCACCCCCGCCGCCAACGCCACCUCCGCAUCGCAGCCUCCCAUCGAUCUCGGUGCCCUCCUUCCUGAGGGGUGGGAGAACUCGAACAGUGUGAUGGCGCGUACGGCUGGCGCGCUGCUGAGCAACCCGUACUUCAGCGCCGGUGCGGGCCUUUGGGUGCUGACGGUAGGCGGAAUGCUGAGCCGACAGGCCUCCGUGAUGCUCAGCACCCUCAUGCGACGCAAGUUCGUGGUGUCGUUGGAGGUGUCGAACCGGGACAGCGGGUACGAGUGGAUGCUGCGCUGGCUGGCGAGUCAGCGCUCCUUCAAGGUCCAGCAGAUGUCCGUCCUGACCCGCACGACUGCGUUCGACUACUCCUCCAACGACCGGCAGCGCACCGAGUGCCUCUUCGGCCCGUGUCCGAAUCUGAGGCACUUCUUCUUCUACGAAGGUCGCCCGCUGACACUGACGCGGCGCCGCCGUGACAACGUGGGGCCCAGCUACGACGGUGAGAUCUUCGAAACGCUGGAGUUUACCACGGUCGGUACGAGUCCGGUCUUUCUGCAGAACAUCAUGAAGGCCGCUCAGUUGCAUGCGGAGAUGGAAGACAGCAAUCACACCGUCGUGUACAUGAACGGGGGGAGCAACUGGACCCGUCAGACGCGCCCCCGCUCUCGUCGCUCGCUUCAGUCCGUGGUGCUGUCCGGCGACACGUCCGACUUCAUUCUCAAAGACGUCCAUAGGUUUCUGGAUUCCGCCGCCUUCUACAAGCAACUCGGUGUGCCGUACCGGCGCGGGUACCUCUUACACGGGCCGCCGGGCUGCGGCAAGACGAGUUACGUCAUGGCCCUCGCCGGUGAGCUACGACUCUCCAUCUCGUUGCUCAACCUGUCGAACCGAAACCUAAACGACGAGUCGCUGACGUCGCUGCUGAACAACGCGCACAUGGACUCCAUCGUUCUUCUCGAGGACAUCGACCGCGCCUUCAGCAACGAGUGCAACGUGACCAUGAGCGGCCUGCUGAAUGCACUCGACGGCGUCGGUGCGCAAGAAGGUCGCCUCGUCUUCAUGACGACAAACCACGUGGAAAUGCUCGACCCCGCCCUUAUUCGUCCAGGGCGAGCCGAUGUGAAGAUCGAGGUGGGCCUGUUGGACGUCGACCAAUCAGCGCGGAUGUUUCGCAAGUUCUACCCCACCGCGCCGGACGCAUUGGUGGCCGAGUUUGGCAGUGCAGUGCCGCCGCACCGAAUCAGUGCCGCCCAACUGCAGUCGCACCUGUUUUACUACCGCGACGACCCAGUCGCAGCGACACGCGCGUUGCCUGCCUUCAUUGAGAGCAACCUCGCUUUUGACGAGAGUAUGCAGCAGAUGCGCGAGAAGAAGAAGAAAAUGCAGGCUCUGCCGCGUGCUCCUCUCUUGGACUUUGAAUGA